ACGGAGGUGAUUCCCGUAAACGAUGCCGUCCGUUGGAUCACGGGCGCUCGCGCUGCUCUGCCUCGCAGUGCUCGCCUCCGCGCGACGACUUGAUCCCCGUCGCCCGCUGUCCGGCUACGAUCGGACGGCGCCCGAGGCGCUCAUCUUCGUGCUCGCGGGACAGAGCAACAUGGCCGGGAAUGGCGGCGUCAACGGCGGCCCUUGGGACGGCGUUGUCCCGCCGCAGUGCCGCCCGAGCAGCUCCAUCCUGCGCCUCGACGCGCGCCUCCACUGGGAGGUGGCGCGGGAGCCGCUCCACGCCGACAUCGACGUCAACAUGAGCUGCGGCGUCGGCCCCGGCAUGCCCUUCGCCCACGCGCUACUCACCUCCUCCCUCUUCCCGCGCCAUCCGCCGCCGACGAUCGGCCUGGUGCCCUGCGCUAUCGGCGGGACCAGCAUCCAGGAGUGGGCGCGCGGGACGCCACUGUACGGCAGCUUAGUGAGGCGAGCGACGGCGGCGGCGGCGGCGGCGGCGGCGGCGGCGGGGAGGCUGGCAGCGGUGCUGUGGUACCAGGGCGAGAGCGACACAGUGGUGCGCGCGGACGCGGAAGCCUACAGGGGACGCAUGAAGAGGCUGAUACGGGACCUGCGGGCGGAUCUCUUCUCGCCGGAGCUGCCCCUGAUCCAGGUGGCUCUUGCGUCAGGAGAAGGCAAUUUCACAGAAGUGGUAAGGCAUGCGCAGAAGGGCAUCAAGGUCCCUAAUGUCGCUUGUGUUGACGGCAAAGGUUUGCCACUCGAGGCAGAUCAUGUCCACCUGACGACCGAAGCCCAAGUGAAGCUUGGGAAGAUGCUAGCAAAAGCCUAUUUGAAAUUAACUGCAACGGCGGAUUAACGUACGUGUCCGUUCAUCACUCAACAUCGAGCUCACUGCUAAGCUCGAUCAGCCUCAGUUCCUCAGGUUGCAUGUGUUCUAGCAAUUGCUUCAAUAAUGUUUUUCAUUUUGCUCCAACUUCACAAUUUCAUUGUGUGGGAAUUAAGUAAACGAAAGAUAUAGAAAUUGCAAAUGCAGGGUAAAGAAAACACUGCUUAUCUUCUAAAAUCACACAAA